AGGCUCCUAAAUUGACGACACUUGUCCCGCCUGCCCGCCUCGACGCUCGGUGACGAUUACUAACGAAAGCACGGUCAUUCUUUGCGGUACUCGCAUGGGUUGAUUAGCAUGGCACAUGCUCCGGCACUUCUACGGACGAACACGGCCCCCGUAUUUCCAGCCGACAACAAGUACGGUCCCAUGUCAACAUCUACUAUGAGCAGCCUCCGUACGAGCCAGUUGUCCGGCUCGACAGCUCUCAACUCAUCGAAUUCCUCACUUACUUCCAUGUCGGCUUCCACCAUUGUUCCUCCCGCGAGCAAUGGUAACGUCGUGCCCACCGCAAAUAUUAUCAACCAAAAGGCGGACGCCUCCAGAUCGCUCUACCAAAUAUGCAUCGCAUUGAAACUGCGACUCGCCCGCGUACCCGGUUUCGAGGCACACCUCGAUGCUCUAGCAUCGGCACCGGGCGGCGAAGAUGGACCCGUGGAAUCCGUUUGGAACCUGUUGCGAACGGGUCUUCCACUCCUGACCAUAUACAACAGCUUACAACCAGAGAGCCCACUAGAAAUCGAUCCCGCAGCUAGCGAGGCAAGGCGACCCAAACUAGCCAUCUUCAAGUUCGUCGAGGCCUGCAUGAAGCAGCUAAAGAUCCCCGCUUCCGAGUCCUUUGUGAUCAGCGAUUUGAUGGGUAACGAUACUACUGGGUUUGUUAAGGUUACCCAAGUGCUGAAUAUUGUUCUGGACCGCGCUGAAGAACGAGGCCUUCUCCUACAAAUCCAACCUUAUCCAGAAGAUACUGGGCCCGUAGUACCCGGGUCUCAGAUGACGUAUCGCGAUCACAUUAUCCAGGAAUUAGUCGACACGGAGCGGAAAUACGUUCAAGAUCUCGAAAAUCUUCACGACCUCAAGAGGACAUUAGAACAGAAGGGUGUUAUCCCUGGUGAUAUAAUCCAUCAAAUAUUCCUAAACAUAAACUCGAUCCUAGACUUCCAGAGACGCUUUUUGAUUCGCGUCGAAACCGCCAACUCGAUGACAGAGGAAGCGCAACGAUGGGGCGCACCUUUCGUCACAUACGAAGAUGCUUUCGACAUUUACCAACCCUUUAUCGCGAACCAACGGAAAGCGGGCCAAAUAGCCAGCCAGGUUUUCGAUAAAAUCCAACUAGCCGAACAUCCUGUAUCGUUUGAUUUUAAUACAUUGGAUAGUUUCUUGCUAAAACCAAUGCAAAGAUUAGUUAAAUAUCCUUUACUGUUAAAGUCAUUGUUGAAGAAGUGUGAAGACGUAGAAAUCAGGGCGGAUUUGACUGCGGGUAUCGAGGCGGCGGAACGAGUGCUCACGAAGGCAAACGAGGCGGUCGAUCGCGAUCUUCUAGAUGAGGCUUUGGAAGAGUUAAUACGGAGAGUAGACGAUUGGAAGAACCACCGAGUCGAGUCCUUCGGUAGGCUAUUAUUACACGGAGUGUACACUGUCAUCACCGGUCGCACCGAGCAAGAAAAAGACUACGAGAUUUACUUGUUCGAAUGCAUCCUCCUAUGCUGCAAGGAAGUACAACCGAAUAAGAGCAAAGAUAAGAAAGACAAAAACAAGACCGCUCCGAAGAUUCCGAAUAAGAAUAACAAGCUGCAGCUUAAGGGACGGAUAUUUAUGACAAAUGUGACCGAAGUUUUGUCGUUCGCAAAACCAGGUAAGCAACGCGAUGAUUCAUAUGUGGAACUCAACCUAAUUAUCCCAGGUUCGUAUACUGUACAGAUAUGGUGGAAGGGUGAUCCCGGCGUAGAAAAUUUUGUCAUCAAGUUUUCCAACGAAGAAACGAUGAAGAAAUGGGAAAAUGGGUUAGUCGCACAGAGAAAAGAAAACGCCCCGAGCGCUGCUGCAAGCCCCGAGCAAAGCACUCCAGACUUUGCAUGGAUGCGGGGUCAAAACCAACUUGAGAAUCCUUACGCCCAGCAGGAAGACGAUGAGGAUGAAGAAGAGGAGGCACCAUCACAAGUGUCGCCACCAGGCGUGGGCUUUGGUGGAGUUUCGACUGGCGGAGUUAUGAACCGUAAUGCAUCUAGUACAAGUUUAAGAGCUCGCUCCGCAACCGCAGAGAGCACCCAGUCUCUAGCAGGAAUCGCUCGAGCACCGCCGCCACGUUUCCCUCUUCCGGCUCCCCCAGGACAGCUGAGCCUCCAGACCCAAGGUACCGCACAGUCGCCAGUUCCCCGUGCGGGCGAAUCGUACUUCUCUCCCACGGCAGAGUCUCCCGCGUCCUCGCGGACAAGUACAGCGAGUACUAUGUUCGCACCAACUGGUCAGUAUCCAUUCCCAAGGACUGGAACGCCUCAAGGGGGCUGGGAAGACAAUAACCGUUACACCGCACCUGCUAUGCCACGAGCUCCUUCGAGAGACGGGCCUUCUCCAUUGAGCGGGCGUAAUCCUAGAGGACCUUCGUUGCCUGUGAUGGCCUCACAGCAAACGCUAGCUCAGCAGCAACGUAGCCGGUCAUACAGCACCCCGGACAUCAACGGGCAGCCGAACGGGCGUAGGACUAAUAGUAGUACUCCUGUUCCCGCUGUACCUGGAAUUCCACCCCACCUUCACCCUGCACAUGACGCGAACAUCCCGCGAUCUCAAACUGGCUCUCCCAGACAGGAUGUCCCAAUCCGUACUAAUACCCAGAGUCCAGGUGUUCCGCGUGAUAGGUCAACCCAGCAGUCCGGUCAGUACGGAGGAACCAUGUCCCAGUUCCCUACACAGCCCGUAUACCCCCGACAGACGACUCCCGCUCCAGUAACAUCUUCUGGAGGAUCAGUACCUCAACCGUUGAAUCUUAACAACCAACAGCCUGUCUCGCCGGCACUGGGUACAGCUACGCAAGGCAACCCGUUAUCGAGUCCAGACCUUCCGAUUCCUGCACAAUUGAAAGUGAAGGUGAAUUGCGACAAUGGGACGUACUUCACGCUCGUAGCACCGUUCAAUAUUGCAUAUCAAUCGCUUAGAGACCGUAUUGAUGCUAAGCUUUCGCGAUUCACAAACAGCUCGAUUGCUAAGGGCAAUCUGAAACUGCGAUAUCGCGAUGAGGACGGUGAUUCCGUAACAAUCGAAAGUGAUGACGAUAUUCAAAUCGCAUUCUCAGAGUGGCGUGAAGGUUCGCGUAACAUGUAUGCUGGUGGCGUCGGAGAAAUAGAACUUUUCUGCGUCGGCGAGACUGAUUAA